CCCUUCCGUUCGCGCCAAUGCAGCGAGUAUGGUGGGGAAAGUCGGGUCACUCUAAGUCGAACGUAUUUGGGCACCGAAUUGCCGGGACCAUGCUUGGUUAGAUCAUGGUGUUUUCCUAUGGGAGUUGACCUACCCUGUAACUAUUCCUUCGUGAUUCUACAUGUUAGUUGCUCGACAUCGACAUGGACAGGUUUAUAACCUCAAAGAUCUCAUUUGACGUAUGCAGAGGUGUCUAGUGUGUAAAUUAGCUAUUGUCGCAUUUAAGCAAACACAAUCAGGCUUUGAAGUAGAAAUGAGUGAUGCAGAAGCACAAGAGGAGGAACGAGAAGUUUUACUUUCAAUAUAUGAGGGAGACCCAGCCUUUAAACAGCUGACGCCAACCAAAUAUCAAUACAAGUAUGGAGAGGAUAAUGACAUUAAGUCGUUUUUACUGGAGAUUUCGUGGGGUCCUAAUUAUCCGACGGAAAAGCCGACUGUUAACCUAGACACGUUUUACAAUAAGCACAUUGUGCAGCAAGUGAAAGAUAAAGUAAUUGCUCAUGUUGAGUUUGAAGCUGAACAGUGGCUGGGAAGUGCCAUGACUUACACGCUUUUCCAAUCUGUCCAGGAGAGUUUAGCUGAGCUGUUGAUAGCUCAACCCGAUACCCUUAGUCAACUUGAAUCAGAAACUAGUAAUCUUAAAAUUUCCAUUGGAGCUCAGGAAGAGACCUUGAAAAAGCCAAAAAAAGAACAAUUAACUAAAUCGCAAAAGAGGCGGCAAUGGAAUCGUACAGAUGGAAAGGAAAUAGGUGGGUUUUGAACAAUUUCAAAUUGAAGUGCCACAUUGCCAACAUUGAGAGUGCAGUGACUAGAUACUUCUAGAUUUUUGAAGAUCAUCUUAUUUCACUGAAUAUUUUUAUAAAAAAUAUGUUUUGUUAUAAAAAAAAUGGGCACCUUGUGCAUCUCAUGAUAAAAAAUGCGAUAUUUUCUUCAUCAGAUUUAAAGCUAUUAAAUUCAACGUCGAAUGAGCUUGAUCUGAAAAAAUGUCAUCAAUUCUAUAAGGGAACAUUAUGGACGAUAUUAUUUUUUCAGUCUAAGUCAAG